UUCAUUUCGUCUUUCUCUCAGGAAAUAGAAAGGAUUUUUAAAAAAAUUUAAAGGUUUGCAUGGCGACUGAAGAAAGUAAUCAUACUCGAGGCAUACAUGCUUCUCAACAAUCUUCUCUUCCAGACUACACUCAGAUGAUUAUGGAAACCAUUGAAGCUUUGAACGAGAAAGACGGGUCGAACAUGGCAUCAAUCACGAAACACAUCGAGUUGACUCACUCGGAUCUCCCGGAGAAUCACUACACUCUCCUCUCCCAUCACCUCAACCUGAUGAAACAGAGCGGUGAACUUGUAAUGUCGAACGACAAUUACAUGAAACCCGACCCCAAUGGCCCACCCAAGCGUGGACGUGGACGUCCACCGAAACCCAAGUCCCCUCUUCCGCCCGAUGCCGUCGUGUCAUCGCCCAGGCCACGCGGUCGUCCGCCGAAGCCCAGGGAUUUGUCAGCUCCCCCUAAGCCGAAAACCCCCGUCAGCACUGGAAGGCCACGUGGACGUCCACCUAAGAAAGCCAAGACUACCGCCACCGUCACCGCUCCUCCUCCGCCACCGGGUGUUAAGCGAGGCCGCGGCCGACCGCCGAAAGUGCAACCAUUGGUAGUUUCUCAGUAAAGUUGUGAAGUUUAAUCAACGAAAAAAAAGGCCGGUAUCUUCGCCGCUCCUCCGCUUCCCGGCGUUAGCUAGAGCUUAUUUCUCCACUAAUUUACGUUUUAGGUCUUUUAAUUAAUUUUUAGUUAGUAUUAGGGGGGAAGUGCUGUAAUGUGUGUAUUGGAGGCUCUAGAUUUUAGUGCGACUCUGUAAUUUGGUGAUUUAUUUAAGACUCUUUUAUCA